UGGAUAAUAGAUCCAUGCAGGAGGGGCCUCAGAGAGGUCCUCACCUUGAUGAAGGAGUCUCUGCUGCAGCCUGGACACUUUCUGAAAGGCAGCCCCUAGCGGUCAUCGGCGGCACUGCGCCUCAUUCCCGCGUUUGUCGUCCCUCCCAAAGUCUGUGAAGGCAUCCGUUGUGCUGGAGGAGCUCAGCAUUCACUUCACCGGACACACGGAGCCGAGGGAAGCUGUAGUUUAGUAAAAAUCACUUUGACUCAUCAGUCUGGAGACACAUUGGUCCCGCAGAGGAGCUUUCAUUUGACGGUUGUCAAACUAAGAAAAGAAAAAACUGCGCUCCUAUUUGUCUGAGAGAGAAUAAAGUCCGCUGAUUACAUCAAGGGUGCCCACAUGCUUCAGCAUCACUUCCAGUUCCCCCCCGAAGAGGAAUUUGGCACAUCAUUGUGAUAAAAGGGAUGAAUGAGGGUCGUUCGGCUCUCUUCAGAAGGGGCCACCUCGCCUUGUCCAAGGCCGACAACCUCAGUUCUGCUCCUGCCAGAGCUGCUCUCUCUGUGGACGCAGGCGAUGGCGAGGCUGCUCAGCCUGAGACCGAUGCACCGUUCCCCCUCUCCGACCUCUCGCACUUGUUCGAGAGCGAGGAUGCCCCGCCGUCGGCCCAGGACACGAGUCAGGAUUCAGCUGUGGAGCUGGUUCAGCCGAACCAGCCUGCGGACGGCAGACAGAACCUGCGGAUGAAGUUCCAGGGUGCUUUCAAGAAGGGCAUUUCCAACCCCAUGGACCUACUGGAAUCCACCAUAUAUGAGUCCAAUGUGGUUCCAGGCCCUAAGAAAGCGCCCAUGGACUCUCUCUUUGUCUAUGGUACCUGCAGCAACAUGAGCAACCAAAAGAAACGCAGGAAGAAGCUUCCAAGAGGUAAAACCGAGACAUCCAGUGAUGAUGGUCAGAACUCAGACCCACCAAAGGUGAUGAAAACAUUCAACCGCUCUCUCCUCUUUGACUGUGUGUCACGUGGAGACCCCGGGGCUCUCGGCGGCCUGUUGGAGUAUCUUCAAAGUCACAACAAGCGGUUAACUGAUGAGGAAUUCAGAGAGCCAUCGACAGGUAAGACGUGUCUGCCUAAGGCCCUGUUGAACCUCUACAGUGGUCAGAAUGACACAAUCCCACUGCUGGUCGACAUAGCAGAGAAGACCGGAAACCUCCGAGAGUUCAUCAAUUCGCCCUUCAGGGAUCUCUUUUACAGAGGCCAAACAGCACUUCACAUUGCAAUAGAGCGACGCUGUAAGCAGUACGUCGAGCUGCUGGUGGAGAACGGAGCUGACGUCCACGCCCAGGCGAGGGGUCGCUUCUUCCAGCCCAAAGAUGAGGGCGGCUACUUCUACUUCGGUGAGCUGCCUCUCUCACUGGCUGCCUGCACCAACCAGCCAGACAUAGUGCACUACCUGACCGAGAAUCCACACAAGAAGGCCGACCUGCGGCGCCAGGACUCCCGCGGAAACACGGUGCUGCACGCCCUGGUGCACAUCGCAGACAACACCAAGGACAACACGCGUUUCCUCACCAAGAUGUACGACCUGCUGCUGAUCAAGAGCGCCAAACUCUACCCAGAGUGCAGCCUGGAGACGGUGCUCAACAGUGAUGACAUGUCACCACUCAUGAUGGCUGCCAAACUGGGCAAGAUAGGGGUUUUUCAGCACAUUAUCCGACGCGAGAUCAAAGAUGAGGAGGUUCGUCAUCUGUCACGGAAGUUCAAGGACUGGGCGUAUGGUCCAGUGUACUCCUCCCUCUAUGAUCUAUCUUCGCUGGACACAUGUGGAGAGGAAGCAUCUGUGCUUGAAAUCCUCGUCUAUAACAGUCGCAAUGAGAACCGCCAUGAGAUGCUGGCAGUGGAGCCCAUUAAUGAGCUGCUGAGGGCCAAGUGGCAGAAGUUUGGUGCUGUCACCUUUUAUAUCAGCGUGGUUUCCUACCUCAUCACCAUGAUCAUCUUCACCCUGGUGGCUUAUUACCACCCAACACAGGGAAGGCCUCCAUACCCCUACAAAACUUACCCUGACUACCUGCGGAUGGCAGGAGAGAUCGUCACCUUGGCAUCGGGGAUCUUCUUUUUCCUCACCAAUAUUAAAGACGUCUUCCUGAAGAAGUGUCCCGGGGUGAAGUCUUUAGUUAUUGAUGGAUCCUUUCAGCUGCUGUAUUUCAUCUACUCUGUGCUGAUCGUAGUCACAGCUGCUCUCUACCUGUCUGGCAUCGAGGCCUAUGUGUCCGUGAUGGUGUUUGCACUUGUCCUGGGCUGGAUGAACACACUUUACUUCACCAGAGGCCUGAAGCUCACUGGCACCUACAGCAUAAUGAUACAGAAGAUUCUUUUUAAAGACCUUUUCAGAUUUCUGCUGGUGUAUGUGCUCUUCAUGAUUGGAUAUGCAUCAGCCCUGGUGUCCCUGCUGACAGUGUGCCCUCCACCAGGAACCGAGUGUGAAGGGGGCUGCCCCACCUACCCCAAGUGCAGGGACCCGGACACUUUUAGUAACUUCCUAUUGGACCUUUUCAAGCUGACCAUCGGGAUGGGAGAACUGGAUAUGAUCCAUAGCGCAUCGUAUCCUGCAGUCUUCCUGAUCCUGUUAGUUACUUAUAUCAUCCUCACUUUUGUGCUGCUGCUCAACAUGUUGAUCGCUUUGAUGGGCGAGACGGUCGGGCAGGUGUCGAAGGAAAGCAAGAAGAUCUGGAAGCUUCAGUGGGCAACGACCAUCUUGGACAUUGAGCGCUCAUUCCCAGUCUGCCUCCGCAAGUCCUUUCGAGCCGGGGAGAUGGUGACUGUGGGGAAGAACUGGGACGGCACUCCUGACCGACGCUGGUGCUUCAGAGUCGAUGAGGUUCGCUGGUGUCACUGGAAUCAAAACCUGGCAAUCAGUGAGGAUCCCGGCAAGAGCGAGACCAGCCAAGCCAAUGUGCUGCAGCAGGGCGUCGGCGUCUUGAGGAGAGACCGCUGGUCCACAGUGGUCCCGCGAGUGGUGGAGUUGAGUAAGGGUCGUGAGGCAGUGGUAGAGAUGGAGCCCCUGACACGCAGGCGCUGACACCUGCAGAGGACUGCGGUCCCUCUUCUGAAGAGACAGUAGAGAGCCAUCAGCAUCAGCGACAUGACUCUGCUCGGGACAAUUAUGCCAAUAAGUGCACUAAUUUGCACAAAUCUCGAUGUGCCUUUUGUUCAGACAAAGUAUAGUAAGUAUUACAGCAAGACAGGCGGUGUAGGACAGAGAGACACUGGAUGUACAAUGAAAAUAACUUAAUUGUGGAGAGCACUUAAAAGGGUAAAAAAACGCAAACCCUGAGAUUUAAAAAACGGUGGCAUUAAUGAUAUUGUGAGCUGUAAACUUGUUUUUUUACUCACAAAGAAUGGGAAACUUUUCAUGCAAAUAUACUUAAUUUCCACUUGACAGACACUUUGAUUAAAGUGUCAUUUACAGAUCUAAUCACAAUGGGAGAUAUUUCUUCAAAAAUAAAUAUUGCAGUAAAUAUUGAUAUAGCUAUAUACAAUAGAAUUCAGGUUUAAGUUGCUUGUUCAUAGUUAGAAGAUCUUUAUAGGAUGUGGGCAAAUAUAAUAAACUGUAUAUACUGUUUUUCACCCGGUGGGGGCUCAGUUGUAUAGAAACAGGAUGUUUCUGUGGCUCAGGACGUAGAGACAUUCGUCCACCAACCCGAAGGUUGGCGGUUUCGAACCAGCUUCCGCCAGUACACAUGCCAUCGUGUUCUUGGGCAAGACACUUCAGACAACCCUAACUUUCCUCUGAUGGCUCUCCGACAGUGUAUGAAUGUGACAGAAAAAUGUGUGGUACAUAGCAGCGCUGUGUGAAUGGGUGAAUGUGACUUUCCUGUCAAGCGCUUUGAGUGGUCUGUAUGACUAGAAAAGCCAUUUAUACAAUAUAUUUUCUGUACAUUGUCUUUAUUGUAUCAGUCAAAUAGUUUUAAAAUUAUGAAAGUCCCAGUCUUGGACUGCCAGCUCAGGCAGCUUUCAUUUGGACUGAAACAAUGCACUGUGACAAUUUCUGAUGCGUGCAUUAUUAUAUGAAUACAAAGACAUUGUUCUGAACAAGAUGGGCAUGAUGAGCAGGUUGUAGUUGUCAAGCAAAUGUGCAAAUAUGAGACAAUGGCUUUCCGUGUUACGGUUUGUUCUUUGAAUUUCCAGAGUUAUUGUUCCUUUGCAGCUGGGGUAUUUGCAUAAUCAACUCUCAGGCCUUGCCAUUAUGUACUUCCCUCUAUUUGCUGCAGUCUGUUCAUUACAAUUGGCUCAUUGCCCUAUACAGCAUCUGUUUGUUUUUUGUGUCUGUACUGUAUGUAUGUAUGCAUGUAUUUCUGUUGUUGCACUACAUGACAGGGUUUGACUAAGAGCAGAUAGACCAUAUUGUUAAUUUUGACAAAUUCAUUACUGUUGAAGGUCACAGGUCUUUGUAUACUGUUUACAUUGCUUUUUAUAAAGAGACAUGUCUUUGUAUUUUAUUUGGUUUGUACGUUACUGCCUAGAUCAAUAAACACUGAAUUUAUAUAAAGUAUAAAGCACACAUUUUGCAAUUCCUGCAUGAAUAGAUUUGAGAUCCAUUUUCUCUGUAGAUAUUUUCCAAUCAGUACACAAAUCAUUGAUUUAAUUAUUCUAUCCUAGAACAUUGGCCACUAAUCUAAAUCAACCAGUGAAAGAAAGAAUACUGCCAUGUGUAAUUGUUGUUUUUAAAUUUUAAUCUGGUUUUAUUUUAGUGCCGAGAGUUGGUUAAUUCAGCUAAUUCAAUGAACACUAAUGUAUACUUAAGGUUAUGUUGUCCUGUUUAUUUUUCAAUAUCCUCCUCCUCCAUGAGGAGACAUAUAUUUGUAUCGUUUGAAACUUAUUCAUUACAUUGUAC